GGAGGCGUGGGGGAGUCGGGGCGAGGCUUUUAAAAGCAGCACGAGACUCGGACCCGCCCGAAACAGGCCAAGCGACAGGUGUACUUGGGAAGACUCGGUUGCUCCUCGCUGGUGCUCGUCGGCCUCGGCGGCGAGGGCUGCUAUUUACAAAGGACACAGACUGUUUUACUACUUCUAACUUUUUUCCAGUUUCUUCUAUAAAUCAAAACAUCUCAAAAUGGAGGCCUAAAACCCUUAAAAGGGACCCAGUCUAAUCUCGGGAGGUAGUUUUGUGCAUGAACAAAUUAAUAAAGUUAACUGGCCUUUAGGUAUAGUAUCCAAAGAAUGUUAAUUUAAAAAAAUCUAAUUAUAUGAUCUGUAACUAUAAUGAUUUUGAAUUUGAUUUGUAGAAGUAUAGAAAUUGGGGCCUAGGGUUGAAGCACUCUUUUCAAAGUUAGCUAGGCAAUCUCCUACUAGCUGUUGUUAGAGUAGAAAAAAGUACCUGGGUUUGGCUGAAUUUAAAAAUGAGUGACAGUUACCUGAACCAAGAGCUGAUAUUCCACUGUCUGCAAGAAUAGAGAAAUAUGCAAAUGAAAUGUUUGACACAAUAAAAGACAAUGACAAAGAAUGUCAAGAACAAAACAUUUUAAUAAGUACAACAAAUUUAGAGGAAGUAGGAAAGAUAAACAUGAUGAUUGGUGAAGAAAUUAUCACGUAGAAGGCCAUUGAUAUUUUAAAAGUCUAAAUUUUAGUUUUUUCAAAUAAGCUGUUAUCUCUGAGAAUGACGAGAAUAAGAAUGAUGGCUAGGGCUGGGGAGAUAGCUCAGCUGGUAGAGUGCUUGCCUUGCAAGCACAAGGCCCUGAGUUCAAUCCCCAGUAACACACACAAAAAAAGAAUGAUGGCUAAAUGGUUACAUAUUUUUUUCAGAAGAGAAAUUUAUAUAAAGACAACUUUUUUAUAGCAAUGUGUAACAAUUUUGACCAUGGGAAGGCAUAGUGAAGUUGGCCACAAUAACUUACUUUGGAGGAAAUAAUCAUUGGUAACCACUAUGAAGUUUCUUCUGCUGCCUGGAAACCAAGUAUAAAAACAAGCAUUGAAAUCUGCACUAGAAAACCCCAACAUCUGUGGGCUCAAGGAAACCAUGCUUGCCAACCACUGGUAAAACAAACAAACAAACAACAACCACAACAAAAACCCCACACAGUGAUAUAUUAGUCAUUGCUAGUAUUAUUGACACAGAACCUACUUAUUAAUAACUUAUAAGUCAUAAUUGAGAAAUUCUAAAUUUUGAGGUUUCUGUGGUUCACAUGAUAAUUUUUAUUUUAUUUUUUGUCAUGAUAAAUUCUGGUUCAAGGUACACUGUGAAAUAAUUUCUGUCCAAAACCAAAUUUAUACAAUUUGAUGAUUCAUCUUAGCAUGUAGACUUGGCAUUUCGUAACUUUUGAUUAUUUUAAAAAUUAAAUCCACUACCAGAGAAAAUUUGAUGUAUCCUGAAUAUAAUAAUGAAAUUCAAUAUCAUUAUUGGUGGUUUGUGGCAGUCUUCAUGUUCAGCACCUUCUAUCAUAAUUACCAAGGGUACUUCCUGAUUCUGGCCAAUUAUAUCAUUAGAACAAAGGAAUGGUAACAUUGAGUUGCCUCAAUGGCAUGAAACUGAGUCCAAAAGACCAAAUGAGCAGAUACAUUAGUCUCUGAUGAUUUAUUUAGAUAGAAUGUUUAAUUUUUUAAGAUUUCAUAUUUUUUUGUAAUAAAUAUUGAAACCAGGUUUUAAUGGCAGCCAAUUCUGUUAUUACUUAAUCUUUAGAGGGAAACUUUAGAUUGUUUUGUUCUCCUUAUUAAAAUGAUCAUAGAAGAAAGAAUUACUUAAUUUGAGAACGAUUUGGGAUAAACCAUAUUCCACUGAAUCUAAGAUGCCAUCACUUAUGAGACAUAUUAUUAUUUUAUGUAUCUCUAAGAAAUAAAAGUGUUGUUAACUAAAAUAUGCCAUUGAUUUUAAAUUACCUCUUGAUAACAGACAUCAAAUCGAGUCUUUAAUUAAAUCAGUGACCUAUGGUAAUGUCGUCUUUUCUUCCUAUGAGAUAUGAGAUCUAUAUAUAUGCUUUUUUUUGGCUACCAAAUUUUAUAAUUUCCAAAAAAACACACACAAAAAAUAAACAUACUUUGACUAUUUUUUUGUAUGAUGCUUAUGGAGCAUAGCUUUCCACCAUGAAAAGCUAGCAAUUGUGAGACAGACACUUCUGCAGGUUGGUGAAGGCCACUCACUGCUGCACCCUGGCGGUCUGCAGAUGCUAACCUAGUUGUGGAGAUGCCUCCUGGUAACCUAAAACACUUUAUGCCUCUAGGAAGGGUUUUAAUUUUCAUCACAGGUUACUAUGUAACAUCAUAUUUACAUUGUAUGUAUAAAUAUUAUACAAAUAUGCAGUUGUAACUGUCCCUUAACAUGUAUCAGUGUAGGAUUUAGACUCUCUCCAUGCUGAAACCCUAAACACAGAGAGGAAAGAAUAAAAAAGUUCUCAUUUUAGAUGUUCCACCUAGAAGUAAAACUGAUAAAAUAAAAAAACCAUGCACAAAACUACCUCCCCAGAGGAAGACUGGUCCCUUUUCUUCCUCAUCCAUUUCAUUAUGAACAUAGUAGAAAAUAGCAUCUUCUUAUCAAAUUUGAUGAAGAAUGCCAACACAUUUGAAUUGAAGUAUGACUUUUCAUGUGAACUGUACCGAAUGUCCACAUAUUCGACUUUCCCAGAAGGGGUUCCUGUCUCAGAAAGGAGUCUUGCUCGUGCUGGUUUCUAUUACACUGGUGUGAAAGACAAAGUCAAAUGCUUCUGUUGCGGCCUGAUGCUGGAUAACUGGAAACAAGGAGACAAUCCUAUUGAAAAGCAUAAAAAGUUGUAUCCUAGCUGCAGCUUUGUUCAGAACCUAAAUUCAGUUAAUUCAAAAGCUACUUCUCAGCCUUCUCUUUCGCCUUCUUUUUCUUCUUCAGUAACAAAUUCCACACAUUCAUUACUUCCAAGUCUGGAAAACAGUGGAUAUUUCAGUGGCUCUUAUUCAAGUUUUCCAUCAAAUCCUGUCAACUCCAGAGCAAAUCAAGAUUUUUCUGCCUUGAGGAUGAAUCCCUACCAUUGUGCAAUGAAUACCGAAAAGGCCAGAUUACUCACUUAUCAAACGUGGCCAUUGACCUUUCUGUCACCAACAGAUCUAGCCAAAGCAGGCUUUUACUACAUAGGACCUGGAGAUAGAGUGGCUUGCUUUGCCUGUGGUGGAAAAUUGAGCAAUUGGGAACCAAAGGAUGAUGCUAUGUCAGAACACCUGAGACAUUUUCCCAACUGCCCAUUUGUAGAAAAUCAGUUUCAAGACACUUCAAGAUAUACUGUUUCUAAUCUGAGCAUGCAGACACAUGCAGCCCGCUUUAAGACGUUCUUUAACUGGCCUUCCAGUGUUCUGGUUCAUCCUGAGCAACUUGCAAGUGCGGGUUUUUAUUAUGUGGGUCACAGUGAUGAUGUCAAAUGCUUUUGCUGUGACGGUGGACUGAGAUGUUGGGAGUUGGGAGAUGAUCCAUGGGUGGAACAUGCUAAGUGGUUUCCAAGGUGUGAGUACUUGAUAAGAAUUAAAGGACAAGAAUUCGUCAGUCGAGUUCAAGCCAGUUAUCCCCAUCUGCUUGAACAGCUGUUAUCCACCUCAGACACUCCAGAAGAUGAAAAUGCAGAGACACCAAUUGUUCAUUUUGGACCUGGAGAAAACCAUUCAGAAGAUGCUGUCAUGAUGAAUACACCUGUGGUUAAAGCUGCUUUGGAAAUAGGCUUUAGUAGAAGUCUGAUAAAACAGACAGUUCAGAGUAAAAUCCUAACCACUGGAGAGAAUUACAGAACCGUCAGUGAUCUUGUAUUAGAUUUGCUUAAUGCAGAAGAUGAAAUAAGGGAAGAGGCGAAAGAAAGAGCAACUGAGGAAAAAGAAUCAGAAGAUCUAUUAUUAAUCCGGAAGAAUAGAAUGGCACUUUUCCAACAUUUGAUUUGUGUAAUUCCAAUCCUGGAUAGUCUACUAAUUGCUGGAGUGAUAAAUGAACAAGAGCAUGAUGUUAUUAAGCAGAAAACACAGACUUCUUUACAAGCAAGAGAACUGAUUGAUACCAUUUUAGUAAAAGGAAAUACUGCAGCCACUGUAUUCAAAAACUCUCUACAAGAAACUGACCCUGUGUUAUACAAGCAUUUAUUUGUGCAACAGGACAUAAAGUGUAUUCGCACAGAAGAUACUUCAGAUCUGCCAAUGGAAGAACAAUUGCGGAGACUACAAGAAGAAAGAACAUGUAAAGUGUGUAUGGACAAAGAAGUGUCCAUAGUGUUCAUUCCUUGUGGUCACCUAGUGGUAUGCAAAGAUUGUGCCCCUUCUCUAAGAAAAUGUCCGAUUUGUAGGGGUACCAUCAAGGGUACAGUUCGUACAUUUCUUUCAUGAGGAAAGUCCAAAACUUUGUCUAAACUCUAGAAUUAAUGAAUGAAGUGUAUUAUGAUUUUAACAUUUACACUCAUUUGGUUUCCUUAAGUUUAUUUAUUUAUUUGCAACUUGGAAAAUUUUGUCUUAUGUAAAUAUAUUUAUGUAAAUAUAUACCUAAAGUACACAAACAAAACCAAGAGAAUGAUGACUUUUGUUCAUGGGAACAAAAAAAUAGGAAUAGCACUACAAACAUAAUAUUAAAAGUUUCAGCAUUAUUGAAGUUAUAAAUGAAGCACGAUUUAAGAUAUUUGAGUUUAACUUCCAGGAUUUUUAACAUCUUGAAGUUGUAUUAAGAACCAGGAACAUGGACUCUUUGUCUUUUUUGAUCAGUGUUUAUACACAGAAGGUCUUAAUAUUGGUCAAAUGACAUUUUGGGGACAUGGCAUUUUUGCAAAAAAAAAAAUGUGAGGAACAAUUUAAUAAAGCAAUGAAAAUUA